CUCGGUCGCAAGCGUGACAACGACUCGGCUCCAAACAGCCUAAUCCCUUCCAAAACGUUGCCGUUCUUUAACCACCACCAGUACCAUAUCUAACAAAAUCACUAUCCUUCUGAAAAAAAGGAAAAGAAAAGCCAAUAUCAUAUACAAUUCUACCGGCGUAAGUUAGCCGACACCGGCCCAGACUCUCUCUCUUCGCUGUUCUUUUCUCUUCACUCACUGUGUCCCCCAAUAACCGGCUUUUUAUAGCCUUAAAAAACGAGAAAACAAAAGGUCUCUAGAGAGAGAAAAAGAGAAAUGCUAGAUAGAGAAUGUAAAAGAUAGUGUGUUAUUUGAAUUGUAUGCCUUUUCUAAUCCAAUUAUAGAUAGAGGAGCUAAAGAGCGACAGAGAGAGCUUUUACAGAGAACGCAUUUUUUAGUGUGAGUGAGUGAGGUUUGACUUUAUUGACUGAUUGAUAGAUCCAACGGCUGAAAUUCUUUUUGAAAAAAAAGCGUGCAAGCAAAUGAGGAGGCUGAUUUGCUAGUUUGGGAUGACAUUUUUCGGUCCGAACUUGCCUAUUGAAGUAACUAUUUCACGAGUGGUCUAGGUCUUUGAUUUUGGAGUUGACUGUUGAAAGGUUGGCUACUAAAUACUGUGAAACUACUAUGGGCGUCUCAGGUAAAUGGAUUAGAGCAUUGGUUAGUUUAAAGAAGCCAGAAAAGUCAGAGUCUUCAGAGAAGGAUGACAAUAGGACAGCUACUAGCAAAUUCCGACAUAGGAGAAAGCAUUCAGUUCAGUUUGUUACUGAUAAACUUCAAGAGGAGUUCAAUGACAAUGUUGCUGCUCCAGUUGAUGAUGCCAAUGCCAAUUCUGUCCCAGAGGCUUCUGAAUCUGUAUCUGCUUCACUUCAAGUACGGGAUGUAGGUCAUAAUCAGCAAAGUUUAAGAGAAGAGUGGGCUGCAACUCGUAUUCAAACAGCUUUUAGAGGAUUUCUGGCAAGAAGAGCUCUGCGAGCUUUAAAAGGAUUAGUAAGACUGCAAGCUCUUGUAAGGGGUCAUGCUGUGAGGAAGCAGGCUGCAAUAACUCUUCGCUGCAUGCAAGCUUUAGUGAGAGUUCAGGCUCGUGUCCGGGCAAGGCGUGUUCGCAUGGCAUUAGAAAGUCAAACAGCUCAACAAAAACUUCAGCAACAACUUGCAAAUGAGGCCCGGGUACGAGAAAUAGAGGAAGGGUGGUGUGACAGUGUAGGAUCUGUUGAAGAAAUUCAAGCAAAGUUGCUAAAGAGGCAGGAGGCUGCAGCCAAGCGUGAGAGAGCCAUGGCAUAUGCUUUGGCUCAUCAGUGGCAGGCGGGAUCAAGACAGCAGGCUGUUCUUUCUGGGUUUGAACCAGAUAAAAGCAGUUGGGGAUGGAACUGGUUGGAGAGAUGGAUGGCUGUCCGUCCAUGGGAGAAUCGAUUUCUUGAUAUAAAUCUCCGGGAUGGGGUUAUGAUUCGCGAAAAUGGAAACUCUGAGGGUAAGAAUGGGAGCAAACCCCUGUUAAGAUCAUCUGGCAAGAAACCUUUAUCAAGUCUUCAAUCGAACCUCUCAAAUCAGAAAACAGGUCCAUCUCAUUCUGAUGGUAGUAGUUCUCCUUCUAAGUCAACUGGCAUGUUAGAGUCAUCCAACACACUUUUUGCUAAGCCAAAGCCAAAGCCUGUUCUAGAAGAUCUGUCUGAAGAAGUCAACUUAAAACCUGGGACUGUUCAAAGAUCUCAGAGCAAUCCAAAAGAGAGAUCAAUACAACCAGAUAAACCAGCAAAGAAGAGGUUAUCUCUGCCUAAUAGUGCAGGUGGCAGUGCUGGGGCUCAGCCAGCCAGGCAUAGCAGAAUUGCUGCAAGGGGAGCACCAGGCCCCCAUAAAUCUGUGAGAGAUAAACCUAAGUUGAAUUCAAAAGGGGAAUCAGACACUACAAAGCCUGUAACACAGGCUGUUGAUCUGUAGCAUUUAAGAAUUCUGUUGAUGAGUUAUUUAUACUACUCUCCACUCAUGCUGCUGUAUGAGUUUGUAUAUAUAGGUGCACUUUGCGAGCGAAUGUGAUCACAUUGAUUUCUUUCCUGUCAUAAAAUUCUAAGAUGGUUUUGACAUGGCAAAGUUGAGGUUGGUGGCUUGGCUUGUCAGGGGAAAUAAGAUGAAGCAGGUUUGGUAUGUGACACUACUGUAGUCAUUAUUUGUUGUUAAUUAUGUCAUUAUCCAAUAUUUAUUUUCAAUUAUAUAAUUUUCAGAGCAGUUGGGCUUUAUAAUAUAGCUAUUUGUAAGUUUCUUUCCCUGUUCUCCAACGAUUGAGGAUUGUGCUUUACAUGAACUAUGCUAGAUGAAACUUAGAGGGUGAAGUGAAGUGUAAAGCUCAGUCAUUCAGUGUAAAGUAUUUGUGGAUCGAAUGGUUCUCUCAAUAAAAUCCGUGCUUUGUUUUUUUUCUGGUGAA